UCUCCAUAGUAUAGUAUUUAAAUAUAUCAUAAAUCUAUUUCAAAUUAGACUAAGAUCCUAAAAUAAUUAUGUGUGUUUGGAAAACUCAUUCAGGAUCCACGUUUGACCCUGAUCCACGUUUACAGAAGCAAGAAAUAGUUGCUUUUGGAUUUUUCGAUCCACGUUUGGCCUCUCCAGAUUUGAAACCAAACACACACUAUAUAUGUUAAAAAUGUAAAAACCCAUUUGAUGAGCCACUGACUUGUUUUGUAAAACAUCGGACACCAAAUUAAAGGGAAUUAGGUUUGACACCCCACCUAUUGGGUUUCGCACCCCACUUUAUUAGAAAUGAGAAUUAAAAUUCCGAAUUUAAUACGAAAAAAACGGAAAUUAAAAAACCGUUCUUUAUUGCACUCUUGUGUUGUGCAAAAUAGUACAACAUAGAAACCAGAGACAGUUCCUCCUCAAUCUCAUCCUCCACGAAGAACAGAACCAUGUCGAUGUUCAGGUUAAGAAUGUUUCCCUUUCUUUCUAGAUCACUUCUUACCUUUCAAUCACACUCUCACUUUCACUCUCAAAAUCAAAAUGCUCCUUCCAAAUUCAAUGUUGGUGAUGCAAUCUCCUCGUUCAAUCGCAUGCUCCAAAUGCGUCCUUCUCCACCCAUUAUCGAAUUUAACAAGUUUUUUACUUCCCUCGUCAAGACGAAGCAUUACGCCACCGCCGUUUCCCUUUCUCAACAAAUGGAUUUCAGGAGAGUUAUGCCUGACUUAUUCACUUUCAACAUCUUGAUCAAUUGUUACUGCCACCUAGGUCAAAUUACUUCUGCUUUUUCUGUACUCUGCAAUAUUUUCAAGAGGGGUUAUCAGCCUGAUACCAUCACCUUUAAUACAAUUAUCAAAGGUCUCUGUCUUCAAGGUGAGGUUCAUAGAGCACUGUGCUUUCAUGAUGAGAUUGUAGCACGGGGGUUUCUGUUGGAUCAGGUUAGUUACGGGACCUUGAUUAACGGGUUAUGUAAAAUUGGACAUACAGGACCUGCACUGCAAUUGCUCAGACAGAUCCAGGGAAAAUUGGCUCAACCUAAUGUGGUAAUGUACAGCACAAUCAUUGAUAGCUUGUGUAAAGAUAAACUUGUAAGUGAUGCCUACAAUUUAUACUCUGAAAUGCUCGCCAAAAGAAUUUCACCAACUGUUGUCACUUACAAUACUCUAAUAUCUGGAUUUUGCAUUGUGGGUCAAUUGAAAGAAGCAGUUGGUUUGUUAAAUCAAAUGGUAUUGAAAAGCAUCAAUCCAGAUGUUUGUACCUUUACUAUUUUAGUUGAUGCUUUAUGCAAGGAAGGAAAGGUGAAAGAAGCCAAAAAUGUGUUAGCUGUCAUGAUCAAAGGAGGGGAAAAACUUGAUGUUGUUACUUAUAGUUCUUUGAUGGAUGGGUAUUGCUUAGUUAAGGAAGUACACAAGGCCAAAGAUAUAUUCAACACCAUGACCCAAAGGGAAGUGACCCCUAAUGUUCAGAGUUAUAGUAUCAUGAUUAACGGAUUCUGUAAGAUUAAAAUGGUUGAUGAUGCCUUGAAUCUAUUUAAACAAAUGCAUACUGAAAAUAUAACUCCUGAUGUUGUAACUUACAGUUCUCUUAUAGAUGGUUUGUGCAAGUCUGGGAGAAUCUCUGAUGCUUGGGAGCUUGUUAAUGAGAUGCACUCUAGAGGUCUACCACCUAAUGUAAUCACGUACAGUUCUUUAUUGGAUGCUUUAUGCAAAAACCAUCACGUUGACAAUGCAAUUUCUUUGAUCAAGAAAAUGAAACACCAGGGUAUUCUGCCAGAUGUUUACACAUACACUAUACUCUUGGAUGGACUAUGCAAAGGUGGAAGACUUAAGGACGCACAAGAGGUUUUUCAGGAUCUUUUAAUUAAAGGCUACAAUUUAGAUGUACGGACGUAUACCAUAAUGAUUAAUGGGCUUUGUAAAGACGGCUUAUUUGAUGAAGCAUUGGCAUUGAUGUCAAAAAUGGAAGACAACGGUUGCACCCCUGAUGCUGUAACAUAUGUGAAGGUAUGAAAAACGGUAGAAAGG